AUGUCAAGCGACGGUGAUACGAUAAGAGUGGAAUGUCGAAUAUGCUCGAAAAUGUAUUCGUUUAUCGAAAUGCAACAAAUAUUGCCGUGUUUCCACUUGUUUUGUGAAGGAUGCAUUACCAUCUUGACAUCUUAUCAAAAAACUUGUCCGGCAACAAAUUGCUAUUCGCAAAUUCGUGUUGCUUUAACAGAUCCUCUUACACUUACCAUAAAUUAUUGUGAUAAUAUUAUGUGUCCAAGAAAAUUAUCACAAUUUGAAUCUACUCGUCUAAUUGCAUGUCAACAUGAACUUUGCACAGCAUGUCUGGAGGAAUCAUUACAACGACAACCACCUACUUGCAUUAUCGAAAAUUGUAAUCGGAACAUUGUUGAAGUGGAAGAUGCAUAUUCCUGUGAUAAUUGUAAUAAACAAACCGAUGAUCCGAAGACACUGAUUGCUACCAAUUGUUGCAAAUGUCAUUUUUGCGAGCAAUGUGUUGAAAAUCGGGUGAAUAUGGGUUCAUUAAACAAAGAAACGCUGAUAUGUACCGAUGGAAAAUGUUUGUCAAAAAAGAAAAUUGAAAGUGGAGAGGUACAAGUGAAGUGUAAGGUGAAGAAUGAUUGUGAACGUAUAGCUCUCAAUGGCUUUCCAUCAAAUUCAGAAUGCAGUCAUGAUGUAUGCAUUGAAUGUCUCACCGAUAUGAUUUCUGAUUGCGAAGCAAGCGGGGUAGUCCCAAUGUGUCCUCAUCCAUUAUGUCGUCAAUAUUAUACGAUUGAAUCGGUGAAUGCAUUACGUGCACUCUUCCCACAAAAAGCUGAAUUCUUUCAACGAUUUGAUUUAAGCGAACGAAAAACGGAACUUUUUUGCAGAGAUGACUCUGUUACAUUCGUGGAUCUUUCGUCUGAUUUUGAUUUCGCAUCAAGACUUAUGACAGUACGCGUAAUGGCUGAUAGUGAUGAAGAAGCGGAAGAAAUUUUAAUUUACGAUAAGCAGGGUACUAUUGGUGAUUUUAUUCGUGAAAUUCGUCGUGUUCUUAAAAUACUGCCGUAUGAAAAAAUAUAUGGCUAUUUCAUUAAACGUGAGGAUAAUGGUAAGGAUGACAAUGAAGCAGAUCAAGAGAUUGCCAUUGAUGCUGCAUCACUGGCUAAACGUAUUAGCGAGUUACAGCUUACCUCAACCUCUAUUGUUCACGUUGAUACUGCUGGCAUUGUACAAC